AAAUAGUAUAAACAUCAAUGAAUCGAUUUUAGUAUCGAUGCAUUUACAGCACUAUAAGCUAGUUCUUAUCAUUGAACUUUAAUUAUUAUUCAUAGCUUCUCUAUGCGCUAUCCAAAAUCACCGUUUCUAAGCUGUCCGCAAUUGGAAGCGGAAAUCUUGAAAGUAAACUCCACGGAUCUUGCUGUUCUUUUGGAAUGGCUCUGCGUUGCACCACGAACCACCACGUACAGGAUAAAUACUCUACGUUCAACAGUGGCUGAUUUCAAGAAAAUUGUUUUAGACACACUCGUAACCCGUUAUGGAAGGGAUGCCCCUAAGGUCUAUGGCCUAAACAGUCUACCAGAGGUUCUAUGUAUUGAUCCUUUGGAUUCGAACCGCUUGAAUUACGAUCCCGACCCUACACUGAAGGAGGUUAUCGUAGAUUCAACCUGUGGUGCUGCUCUUUUACGAGGAGCGCACAUAUAUGCCCCCGGUGUCCUCGCAAUGGAACAUCGUACUCGGUUCGAGGAGUUGGUGAACAUAUUUGCGGAUCUGGCUGGAAGAUGCAAGAGAGGUACGGCUGUAAGAUUUAAUAGUGCAGAAAAAAUGUUUUUGGGAAAAGGGAAGGUACUAAUGCAGCGACAUCAUUUGUUCAACGAUGACGAGCCUGCUACCGGUGUAGCUGUCGAAAUGUUGUCAACUAUAAGCGAUGUGGUACCAGGACUUGGAAACUUAAGCUGUGCGGACGCCCUUUUACAAAAUCUUCCUUCAAUUGUGUGCGUACGCGUCCUCGAUCCGCAACCUGGAGAGAACGUCUUAGAUAUGUGUGCUGCUCCUGGCAACAAAACAACUCACAUUGCUGAGCUUAUGGGCGACCAGGGUUGCGUGAUGGCAUUAGACAAUUCGAAGAGCCGCGUUAGUACCAUGCGGUCUAAGUUAAAUAAUUAUAGGAGCAUCCAGUUACACGUCUUUGACUCGACAAAAGCCGUGGAUGCGCUAGCAACUUCAAUUUCCGUACCGCCAUUUCCAUGCGCUAGCUUUGAUCGAAUUUUGUUGGAUGCUCCUUGCAGCGGUCUUGGUAAUCGUCCCCAACUCGCGAGUAAAAUUAAACAGCCAAAAGUCCUACAGUCAUAUCCAAAUAUUCAAAGGCGCCUUUUUACACAGGCAGUGCAACUCUUACGAGAUGGAGGUACACUAGUUUACAGUACAUGCACAGUUACCGAGCCUGAAUGUGAAGGGAUUGUCGCUUGGGCAUUGAAAAAAUUUCCAGACCUAAGAUUGGUGGAUGCGACGCCACGCUGGGGCGGCCCCGGCUUACCUUUAGAGGACCUGGAUGCAUCCCAAUCACUAAUGCUACAACGUUUUGGACCAAACAAAGGACUCCAAAAAGUCGGUGCGAUUUCCUGUGCCAACAUUAUAUACGGGCCCAGCUCGCAGGCUUCUAAGGACCGCAAUUAAAUAUAUCAAACCAACGUAACGUUUAUUAAUGUUUAUUAUGGCUUGCUUUAAAUAUCAACUAACAGACGAAAAAAGUACAGUGCCGUGGUGUGUUUUGCGUCUUGUGCCAGGUGGCAACGCCAGUAGUGCACCGUACGACGUACGUUCCCCCCCAUGGUGUGUUUUUACACAUCUGCAAUAAAAAGGAUGGGAUGCAGCGGCUCUUUGGGACCCAAGCCAAGAAUAACACAGAAAACCUGGUAACGUUUUCUUCCAAUAAUGAAAUUUUAAGGAUCCUUAGGAGCAGUUUUAUACACAAUAUGGAAAUAAAUAGCUUUUGUCAUUCACAAUCUA